GACGUAGUACAAUCUUCUUGGACCUACAGUUAUGCAAACUCCGCCCAUAAUGCAAAAAGAAAGGGACACAAUAAUUCAACAUUUGGGGGACACCACGGGGAAAAAAUAAAUGUGCUUGUCGCAUUCUGCACGAUGAAACCUUUCCUGUGUUGAACAAUAACUGUCUUGACGUCAGCUCUGUAUUCUGUUGUGGACUUUAUAUACCAAAUCUUUUCUUUACGGCUCGAUUACAAGAAGUAAGGAUUACAACUAGGAAGAAUUGUUUGCAAUAAAAAACAAAUUAGUGAGAGAUUAAUGAUUUUAAUGGCGUAUUCUAAAAUAAACUGCUGCAGAACAAUAGAAUGUAGAACAAAAUGUUAUAGGAUUACACAUUUAGUUCCAGGAAAUGCAAGUCUAUUCUCAGAUUCCGGCAUUGACUCUCCAAAAUAGCACAUUUAGUUGCAUGUAUACGAAAUACAAUUUAGAUCGAGAGAGCACUCGAAAAUGAACUAUUUAAAAAAAUUUAUUAUAUGUUGCUGAUUGUACCUGAAGCUAGAAUGAAAACUCGCGCCAUCUUCGUGGUUCUACUUUUAGACAUGGUCCUGAGUGCUCCACAGUACGCUGACUUUUAUUCUAGCCUUGACGCGUUCCUAGCUGGCAAUCCAAUCAUUGCAUCUUCAGACACAGCUUCUACCUCAGCUCAGCCUUCCACGGCAGAGAAGAAAACGGAUGCCCCUAACAAAAAUGUGAAUCUUCCUUCAGGAAAUCGUCAAAGUUCGUUCCCGACUCAAGGCCCCACACAAGCGUUUGACUUAUCCAACUUGAACACAUGGGACAAUUUACCUGCUUCACUGUUUGCGGCGCCUUCUCCUCCCCACCAGCCCGCGCCUCAACGAUCCCAAGCUCAACCAGGAGCGCACCAAGAAAAUAACUGGAAUGACCAAUCACAUUUUGACACUGGGCCAUCUCAAAGAACUUGGGACUCCUUUGAUCAGGGUAUCGUUUCUGGCGGAGUGGACUCUGGAAAUAUGGUUGGUGGCGGCACUCCCAGUGGUAUGCAAGAGCCGUUUCUUCCUUUAGCUGACCACUCACCAGGUUCCACCAUGGCCGACAACCCUGGUCAGAUGCUGGACUGGUCAUCACCUCCGGUAAGCAAGGACACGCACAAAUAUGAAGAUCUGCCUACACCCCCUCCACCUUCAGAUGCUGAGGGCAUGGCCAAAGCUGUGCUUAGAGGUCAAGUCAAAAGGUGGGAGUGGACUUACUCUAACACGUUGCUGCAAGGCGAAAUUUCAUCUAACUAUAAGGAUGACUCCCAAAGCACCGUGUUCUGUUGCCAGCGUCUCCCGUACAUUUGCAACGUGGAUGGAGUGUGUGUCAUCGACAGAAAGGAGUGUCAGGAGUUCUGCUCAUGCGCAAACAAUCCGUUCACCCCACAUUGCACCAAAGACGUCAUUCCCAGGAUUAAAAAGAAAAUGGUCGCCUUGGAGGAUAAAAUUCUUCAGAGAGUAUCCAAAGAGCUUAACCUGCUGAUCCCACCGCCUUUAGUCACAACUCAGCAUCCACUAGAGACAACAACAGAGGACAUGUUUCCCAUUGGCGGAUCCAAGUACGAUCCUGAGGUGGUCAACAGCCCAUUAACUUCUGAUAAGAUACCGGUAACUCCUACGUCCAAUUCAAAAUUCGACGCAAAAUCGACGCCGCAGUCAAAAUACGACUCCAAAGUGAAAUCAACCUUUAUGGGUUCACAUCUCCAACAUCCUGCAAAUAAGGCAGCCGAUCCCACAACUCCCAAACCGGAAGCUUCGAAAUCUAUUACGACCUUACUUCCGGCGUCAUCCGGAAUGGUUUCAAAGUCAUCGCUCAAUGUUUCCUCUUACAUUCCGUUCGCACCGGAAGCACCAACUGUGAGCAGCGUUGACGGGCGUAGCGUUCAACGAGGCACUUCAAACCUCGACAUGCCGCAACCAUCAAACUCAUCAACAUUCCAAACCCCGUCACGAGCAGCAGCUCAAAGGCCGAGGCCUACGACGACUUCAAGAACUCAGAAAUCAACCACAGCGCCAGCACGUAAUGCGUCGACUGUUUUGACAGCUAACAAAUCGCCAACGAUUUCGCCCAAAACGAGGACCACAUCCACUACUGCUACAAAAACAACUACUUUGUCUGCUCACAAUAGUAAAGAAUCAUUUUUACAUUCUGUAUAUAAUUUCGACCAUUUCUCUCUAACGCAGUCAUCAGACGAUUCAAAAGGCAAGAGACACCUGUCAACCAUCUCCAAUACGACUGAGCCACCUUCACGCAAGACUUCAGUAUCUACAAGGUCACCUAAAGCUUCUUCUAAUUUAUUACACAUUUCGACAACAAUAUCGUCUCCUGAUCCUACAAGCUCAUCUAAUAAUAACACUUCAGCAAAGGCAUUGAGAGGAUUCACUGCUAAUACAAACCCUGUUUCACCCACAUUGAAGAGUUCCACAGCUUCUGUCCCUUUAAUAAAAGGUGACAUUAUAUCUUUUACCUUACCAACAUCUUCAGCAAAGUCGUCAAUAACAUCAGCAACUUCGACAGCAUCAACAUCGGUUUCUACAGCAUCGCCCAUAUCGUCGUCAACUUCAUCGUCUACCAUCCCCCCAAGUACAUCGUCAAAAACAGACACGUCAAUUCUAGAAUCUAAAACUGAAACCAAUGGUGCGUUUCUAAGCAAUGAAUCUAGGAUUAGCCUGGUAACUACAAAGCAAGACAACCCAUAUACAUUCAAUUCCACUUUUCAAAACUCACCCAGUACAACGCAAACGACACAGAUGCCUUUUGCCGAAACGUCAACAAGCAAUGGAACAUCUACUUCGGUGGAAAUAUCGAAGGAAAUUCCCCAAGUAUCAAGUACCAUCUCCAGCGUUAAGGAGCCUGAAAACUUCAGAGCAACGAAUGACAGUAAAACCAAACAUUCAAGCCUUUCUCCAGAUGGAAGAGGUUCGAGAACUGAAACGACAGAAGCUUUUUCAGAAGCCUCAACUGAAUCUCAGUCCGUCAAUUCCUCAGCAACUCCAACAGACGCGACAACAUAUCAAGCAGAAUCCAUCUUGAUUACCACAACACCAUCUCCCAAGGAAUCUGAGCUUGUAGAUCCUAACAAAGAACAAGGCUUACUGGACUGGUUUGGUUCGAACUCCAGCAGAAAAGAUCAUUUUCCAAUGUCCUCCCCUCGUCCUCAUUAUGAUACGACGACGACGUUUUUUGGGGACUCGGAUGAGAAAGAACCAUGCGGCCCGGAAUGUGAAAAAAACGGAGGCAAAUGCUUCAUGGGGAGUAACUUUAAGUCUUACUGUGGUUUCGUCAAUGGUGAUCCAUGCAACAAUUUCCAGUGCAUUAACGGCACUUGCUUAUAUACAGAGGGCCUCUAUAUCUGUGACUGCAAAGAAGGCUGGACGGGUACUUUCUGUGAUAAACCCUGCGACCUUGACUGUGGAGCCCACGGGACAUGUGGCCGAAUGGGUAACAUGACGGGCUGCAUAUGUCAUCAGAACUACACUGGGAACAGGUGUGAAGAAAAGAGAAAGAUUGUUCUCAACGUGAGAGAGGUUGCUGUUGGCGUCAACAAUCUAAAAGUCUGGGAGGUGGCUCUGAUAGCCAUCAUGGCUGCGGUCUGCAUCGCUGUCGUGUUUAUCGUCCUACCCUACGUCCUCUGGAGACGUCAAUGGUUACCCAUCAGGCAGCUGAUAUUCUACUUCCAGGAAUACGAGGAUGAUGAUGACAAAGACUAUGAUGCCUUCAUUUCCUACAAGUCCAGCCCCAGGGAUGAGCGUUUUAUUCUGCAACAUCUCUACCCGAAAUUGGAGAAGGAACUUGACUUCCGCCUGUGUCUUCAUUUUCGGGAUUUUUCACCAGGAGAACCCAUUGCCAACAACAUUAUUAAUGCCAUCGAGCGAAGUCGACGAACAAUCAUGAUUCUCUCCCCAAACUACGUGGCCUCGGAAUGGUGCAGGAUGGAGUACCAGAAGGCCCAGCACGAGAUGCUGAGGUUGAAGCACAAAAUCAUUCCCAUCGUUCUAGAAGACAUCAGCGGCAUGCCGGAAAUGGACAGCAACUUGAAGACCAUCAUCAACACCGUGACCUACAUCGAGUGGCCCGGGGAGGAGGAGCCGAGCAGCAGCAAAAAGGUGGAGAGGUUCUGGAAACUUCUGGAGCUUUCCAUGCCCAAGAAGAAAGACGCUCUCGCUCGCUCCUUGAGCACAUGCAGCAGUGAUGUGCCCCUGACAACUGUGUCGAAGACUUGCUUUGACAGCAUCGUGUCUUCGCUAAAGGGAGAUGAUUGGCUCUCGGCUACUUCCUUGGAGAGUAGCUCCAGCAGUGCUAGUGGAAGUAGCACGGAAAGUGGUAAAAGCCUUAAGCGCGAACGUGGAUCUAAAGACAUCCCAGUCGACCCAGGAGUGUUCUUUGAAGAUCGCAAAGCCAGCCAAGUCAGCAGCAUUGCUGGCAGCAAAGGUAUCGCCAAGGGCGUUGGUAGCGUGGAAGGCAGCAGUGUCACCAAAAGUAGACGAAGCAGCGAUAUUACAAGUGACAAGACGCAUAUAUCGUCCCAAUCCGCUGUCUCGUCGCGAACCAAACAGCUGCCUUUUGAGCAUAGCGUUUUGGCGCCCAUUGCACCAGUCCAGCCUUUAAAAACAUCGUUCUCUUCUCCCAUCCUACCAUUACUUGAAAGCACCGUCAGCCCACAUCACGGACGAUCCUCCUCUGAGGAAGAGACCAACGUUUUGUCGCCGUUGAUUAAAUUGACUAACCCUGCUCCUGAGGAGACAAACAUUCCAGAUGAGACAGCAGCGGCGCCUAAAUUCUCUAGUGAUGACUUUAUCAUCGAGGUCCGAGAGGUCGGAAACCAGAUCAAGGUAACUUCUAGACCUCCAAGGAAGUACGCUACUAGGGAAUUGAUGGUCUGAGCACCAGUACAAGAUAGUCGAGAGUAUAAUUGUAAUGAUAAUCGUGUAGAUAUGGAGUGACACUAGCACUAGUCCAUACUCAAAUUGUAAUGAUAAUCGUGUUGAAAUGGAAUGGGACAAGUCCAAGAUUGUCGAUACUCAAAUUGUAAAGCUAAUCGUGUAGAAAUGAAAUGGUGUGUCACAUAUCCUCCAUUAAUUAAGGUCCACGAUCUUAUUGUGAAAAGAUUAAGUCACAAAACUGGUCUGUAAAGUGUUUCCAAGAAAGAUAACGAUGUUUGAAUGGAACAGUCAUGUAUCUCUAGUACUUCCACUUCAAUUAAACUUCAUUGUGAGACUAGUACCACGAGGCUUCUGUAACACUGUCAUUUCUUGCAAUGGAGUCUUUUUCAGUCAAUCAUUGCUUUAAUAAUAGCCCACCGUUUUUAAUUAUUUUUUAGACACUUUAAUAUAUUACGAUAUAAACAGAAUUUGUUUUCUCACUUGUUACUUAUUACAUUUCAAAACUUGAAAAAAAAAAAGGGAUACAUAUCUCAAAUAGUACGCCCUGUGUUAUAAACAUCACCGGAAGUUGGUGUAGUACAUCACUGUUUUAAUAUUGACGGAUACAAAUUUGGUUAUCAUUGAGUAUUUGAGCCUAUCUUUUGUUUUAGUUAUGAUUCUUUAUGUCCUGUUGACUUAAUGAUUUACCAAACAAACCACCAUUAUAAAACCUGUCAUGUACAAAAUUAGCUCUGAAGGUUUACAGGAGGUGUUUCAGUGUAUUUAUAGUCUAAAAUGAAUAUAUAAUGAUCUAUGUGCGGAUAUUAUCCUUUAUAUAUUUUCCAAAUAUAAAUCUCUAAUGUACCAAGUAAUUAUUAAGGUGUCUGUGUGUAUGCAUAAAUUUCAUGUAAAUUUCAUGUAGAGAAGUCAACUUAAUAAGUUCAUACGACCAUGAUUAGAUCAUCAUUUGCCAGGAUUAUUCCUUAGGGCUUAUAUCAUUGUGAAGAUGUAGCUUGAAGGGCUGAACUUUCAGUCACCUAAGGGCUGAACUUUCAGUCACCUAAGGGCUAAACUUUCAGUCACCUAAGGGCUAAACUUUCAAGUCACCUAAGUCCCAAACCUGUGACUUAAACUAACUAAUAUAAGAGACUAGAUUAAUACCUUGUACUUGACGGAGGAAUCUUUUUUUUGAAAAAAAUUUUGUAACUUAUAACAUAGAUCGAUGAUAAGAUAAAUUCAGAAGUUUAUACUUCAGAUGUAUUUGUUAAGAACAUUGGCUAGAUUAUAUACACAAGCGUUCCCUGGAAUGUAUGGCUAGUAUACAUUAAUUCUGAGAUGCUGUAUUCAAAUAAUUUAUGUGACUGUUUCAACUGAGUUGAAUUUUCUAGGGAAAGCUAAAGCCUUAAACUUGUGACGCCUAAGUAGAUGUUUACCUAGCGCAGCCCUAUUAGUUGCAUAUUUAACAAACACAUUCAGCUUUCGUGGUAAGCUUUUAAAAAAUUGUUAAGAUCUCAUUCGUAACUCUGUUGUCUGUGGUAUCAUACAAUAGGAUAGGCAUGAAGACAUCUUUUAAAUACACUUAGUAGGGUAUAACUUUCAAAUCCCAAGGUAGCAUAAUUUAAGCUUUUGAUAUGUGACCUUAGAAAGGUUAACUAAAUAAAUGUAACAUCAAAACAUGUCACGUGCGAUGCAUAGCUAAACUAACUAUAUACAUUAGGACUACAUUUAUUGUAUACUUCUGUCCUAAAUGGAUUUAUCUAGGAGAUUUGCAUACCAAUAAAAAAGUGUAACAGUGCGCUAUAUACCGUAAUUUUGUAACUCUCUGAGUGGUAUGCGGGCUAAUAAAAUAAGAUUGUAACGACCAUAACAACAUGUAACAUAAAAGAGAUAAUGCAAUAUUCAAUGUAAAAAUGUAAAUGACUUCCUCUUCAGAAGCUUUGCUAUCAACACAUACAAAAAAAGGUUUAAUCUGCUUAAAUAAAAAAUGGUCUGUUUUACAUUAAAACGGCGUGAAAUAGCUGCAGUUGUUUGCUAUUUUUAGACUCGUUUACACAAAGACCUUUAAAAUGAAGCAGUUUUUUAUUCUGUUCAGUUAAGUGUGAUGUGCUAGACUAUUUAGCUGCUAUUAUAAUUGUACCUCAGUGGCGUCGCAAGAGUUGUGUAAAGGGCCGGAACCCACCGGGUCACACCGAACUGAAAACAAAACUCUUUUUUUUCAAAAGGAGAUAUUUAAAAAAAAAGAAUUGAUAAUAGCUAGAUACUGAAAUAACGUAUACACCUUUAAUAAUGAAGAUAACAAAUAAAUAUUUUUGGAUUGGGUGUUUGCGGGUUAACUAACCUUACCGGAUGACACCAUCCCUAGCGACUCCACUGUUGUUCAUUAAGGUGAUAAACUAAUGUGAAAUGUCAAUACAAAGUAACAUUACAACUCUGAAUUUGUUCUGUUUAUGUCCCCAUGUAAAGUAGACAUUACCGUCUCUAUAGUCUUGUGUAUAUAUUGUAUUUUGUAAAGGGCUUUGUUCAAAUGUUUUGUAAACAUUCCUUAUAAAACUUUAUACUUUUUAACAUUUUUGUACAUUUUGUGAUAAAUUUUGCAGGUUUAUUUUUAUAUUUUUAUUACGAAUAAAUAGAGUUCAUGCCAUAAGUAAUAAAAUGGAGUUUUGAAACUUUUAAAAGUGUAUAGUUCUAUAUUUUACCAGAGAUAUGACAUUAAAAUAAAAUCUGUUUUGUUGAAAGUUAAGACUUAUGCAUUGAGACUUUUUGUUGCUAUCGAAAUGUAAAUAUGUGUUGUAAAGCCGAACUGAACUAAUAAUGGCUACAACUAUGAAAAUUAUAGAAUUGUCUUAUAAAUCAUUAUGUUCUACUGUUCCAUUGCUUUGGCAUUAAUGUUGAUUCUUUCACAACUUCUUU